GGAGUGUAAUGUACAGAGGAUUUGUGUCUGAAGUUUUUGUGCCAUACAUAGAUUUAACUGAAGAAUGGUACUAUAGGACUUAUUUCGAUGCAGGUGAAUAUGGAUUUGGUCUAUGUGCGGUAGAGCUUGAAGCAUCAAAGGAUUGUCCAGAGAACGCGAAGUUUAUUGAUGGCUACUUCAUUUCACAAGAUGGUACUCCAGGAAAAAUGCCUAAUGUAAUUUGUAUAUUCGAACGUUAUGCUGGAGAUAUCAUGUGGCGCCAUACAGAGCUUGCAAUUCCUGGAAAAGUUAUACGAAAGGUUAGACCGGAGGUGAGCCUGGUGGUGAGAAUGGUAUCGACUGUAGGGAAUUAUGAUUACAUUACUGACUAUGAAUUCAAACAAAGUGGCACCAUCAAAGUCACGGUUGGGUUAACUGGUCUACUUGAAGUAAGGGGAUCUAUAUAUACUCACAAUGACCAGAUAAAAGAGGAAGUGUAUGGUACACUAAUAGCAGAAAACACAUUAGGUGCAUAUCAUGAUCAUUUCUUUACCUAUCACCUCGAUUUAGACAUAGACGGUCAUGAAAAUUCCUUUGUGAAAAAUAACUUAAAAACUAGACGCGUGGUCAAUAAAAGUUCACCAAGAAAGAGUUAUUGGGCAGUUGUUAGUGAAACAGCUGAAACAGAAUCAGAUGCAAGGAUUCAGCUAGGUUCAUCACGAGGCGCCCUUGAAAUGGUAGUGGUGAACCCCAACAAGAAGACUGAGGUUGGGAAUGAAAUAGGCUACUGUCUGAUCCCGGGAGGAUCUGCAACAAAUCCUUUGUUAAGUGACGAUGAUUAUCCACAGAUCCGCGGAGGUUUUACCAAGUACAAUGUGUGGGUGACACCUUAUAACAAGUCUGAGAAAUGGGCAGGAGGAUUAUAUACUGAUCAAAGCCAUGGGGAUGAUACAUUAGCCAUGUGGAGCCUCAGGGAUAGGGAAAUCAAGAACAAGGAUAUUGUAUUAUGGUACACAUUUGGUGUUCAUCAUGUACCCAAACAAGAAGAUUUUCCAAUUAUGCCAACAUUAAGCACUGGUUUUGAGCUCAAGCCUACUAAUUUCUUUCAGCAUAAUCCAGUUCUUUAA